ACUACUACCACCAUUCAAUAGAUAAGAGGAAACCAGUGGAGUUUUUGGUUUUAUGCAUGGUUCGCCAUGGCUCGGUUCUCCUUUUAUCACCAUUGUUUUAUCACGUUCUUGAGCUUCAUUCUCGUCGUGUUCGUUCAAGGUGCUACGGCUGCAACUUUCACAUUUAUAAACCGAUGCCAUCACACAAUAUGGCCUGGAAUUCUAGCUAAUCCAGGAAGUCCAAAACUUGAAAGUACAGGCUUUGAACUCACGAAAGGAAGCUCUCGUUCCUUCCAAGCCCCUUCAGGCUGGUCCGGUCGCUUCUGGGGCAGAACAGGCUGCGAUUUCGAUGACUCUGGUCAUAGAUCAUGCACAACAGGCGACUGCGGCUCUGGCCAAGUUGAAUGCAAUGGAGCAGGGGCCACCCCGCCAGCCACCUUGGCAGAGUUUACUCUCGGUUCAGGGGCGAUGCAGGACUUCUACGACGUGAGCCUGGUCGAUGGUUACAAUUUGCCUUUGCUUGUGCAAGGAAGUGGAGGCUCAGGAGACUGUGCCACUACAGGCUGCGUGACGAAUUUGAACAAAAAGUUCCCGUCAGAGUUGAGAAUCAACGGCGGCGGCGCCUGUAGGAGAGCCUGCGAGGCAUUUAGGAACCUCGAAUACUGUUGUAAAGACGCCUACAACAGUCCAGCUGCUUGUAAACCAUCCAUGUAUUCAGAAGUGUUCAAGGCGGCUUGCCCCAAAUCCUAUAGCUAUGCUUUUGAUGAUGCCAGUGGCACUUUCACUUGCACCGGUGCCGAUUAUACCAUCACUUUCUGUCCUAGUGGUCCGAGGUAAAUUU